GGAGCUUCAAGAAAGGGGGCGGAGAGAUGCUGAAGCAGCAGAGCCAGCGUACAUACAUAUUGUGUAAACCUUUAAAAAGCAAUUAGCCACAGCAAAUGUAUUGAACGUCCGCCACUUUCUGGAAGCUAAACUUAAUUUACUUUUGCAAGAAGUGAUUUCCCACUGAGAGCGAAAAGCAGCAGCAGCAGCAGCAGCAGACAUCCUCAACAAUGACGGACAGGAAAGCGGUGAUCAAGAACGCUGACAUGUCCGAGGAGAUGCAGCAGGAUGCCGUGGACUGUGCCACACAGGCCAUGGAGAAAUACAACAUAGAGAAGGACAUUGCUGCCUACAUUAAGAAGGAGUUCGACAAGAAGUACAACCCGACCUGGCACUGCAUCGUUGGCAGAAACUUCGGCAGCUACGUCACCCACGAGACAAAGCAUUUUAUUUACUUCUACUUGGGCCAAGUAGCCAUUUUGCUCUUUAAGUCUGGCUGAGGAGGUUUUGAUGGGUAUCAAGGGGUCUCUGGACUCCCUGAUUCUCAUUGAAAACGCACUGGUGGCUGACCUCCCAUACACUAAUAACAUACCAUAAUGAUGCAAAAUCCGCCGUGCGCAGUUGCAUGGACUAUACAAUAUUAAAUAUGUAUGUUAUAGUAAGUUUACUUUUCGAAUAGUUGCUGUUUGAUUGCAACUUUGAUCGUUUUCUGUUGAUGCUGUUAAACUCUAGUUUGUGAAAGGAUUUGGUGUGGCCCUUGAUUGUAAAAUAAGGAAAAGGAAUGUGAUGAUGAUGAUAAUGAUGAUGAUGAUGCAUCUGCUUUACUUCACAAGUGGUAUUGCCAGAUAGUGUUUUGAGAUUAUGGUUUAUCAAACUAGUAAAAUCGUUCAAAUGCAUUAGUUCCCUUUAAAGGUACAAGAAAACAAGUUGAACAGAGCAAAAAAAAAAGUACGGCUCUUUUAUUUCCUUUGUGUAACUCUUAAGUUAUUGCAUUGUAUAGAUUUGCACACCUUUAAAAAGAAAAUCAAAAGUUUUUCAUUUGGAUUCUUUUUAUUUGGAUACAAAGAUUUUGCAGCCGCAUUCAGACAACAGUUUGGGGGGGGGGGGGGGGUGCAAAUAUUUCCAGUAUGUUUAGUUUGUCGACUCAAAUAUUCACUGAUGUUUAGUUUUUCGACUCAAAUACUCACUGUGAAGGACAAUAGAGCAGUUUAGGCUCGUGUACUCAGACCUGGUCUGUAACGUCUGAACUGGAACUGUACAGACUGCUCACUGAAACCCACCUGCCUAAUUUCCCGUUAUCCUGUGUUACUGCAUGUUUACUGGCAGUUAUUGACCUGUUGUGAAGCUUGAGGUGAAUCCCUGUUUGAAAGGUGACUAAUUUUUAUUUUUAACAUCCUUUUUCCCCCCCUGUGUGUUGUUAUUGGAGCAACCAAGUGUAUAUCUUGUAACAGUGAUUGCUGUAAGGCAUUGUUAGAAUAAUGCAUUCGCUGUUAAGUUUCGCUAAACCUGCAUUGCCUUUGUGUUUUGGGUCGUUGUUAAUGAUGAUUUUAGUUUCGUGUCGAUUAAGUUGCUCAUGCAGUGCCAGACAUCCUGGAAAGAUGCUAUUUACAGUCUGGAUUUGUGAAUAAACCUUUGCUUGUCUAAGCUUUUUGGUUUUUCAUUAAUUUUUUUAAAAUUUUUUUUUUGAAUAAAUGAUUUAGAAAGGCAGUGCCCUCUGUUUCUAAUGAAAUGUGCUUAGUUGUUCAAAUAAGAGGGUGUUGCUGGGAAAUGACACCUUUCCAACUGUCGUCAUAUUUUAUUUCAACUAUUUAGUUUUUUUUCCCUUUUUGUCAAAAGAGCUUGGAGAGACUUUGCUCUUGAGGGACGUCUUCCUUCCAGCUGCCUGUGAUUCUACUUUUCGCUGCGUUUUCCUUUGGCAUGUAUUUUUGCUGCGUAUGUCUAGGAGCUGCUCCAAUGCUGUUCAAUUUGCACAAAACCUGUGCCUGUUUUUGCUCUCAAUUGUAACCGGCUUAAAUCCAAUUGCACUCCAUUCAAUAGGUUGCUACAGAACCAAAACACCUACAUGCUCAAUAAAAUAAAACUAUACAUUGUUAACAUA